GCAGCGCCGCGGAGACCCCGAGCUACGGUUGUGUGUCAGUUUCGCUGGGAGCCGCGGUCGGUGCCGGUGAGGAGGGGGAUGGGCGCCGCUGCAAAUGUUAAGGACCUGGAUAGAAUCACAGCCUUGUAACACACAGAGCUGUACCUACCCCAUAUAAAUAUCGAGCAUAAUUGGUGUAAAACAACAUCAUAAAUGGAUGCAGCCUGUAGGGAUUCAAAAUAUCAUUCGAAGGAAGUGCAAUGGCCCCAACAGGAGAGGGUAUGAAACUUUCACCCUUUGCGUAAGGGACACUGAGAAGUUUGGAAGGUACCCAGGAGAGGGAGCUGCCUCUCGGCUUACGGCGUGCAGGAAAAGCCGAGGUCGCAAGAAGAGGCCUCGUACACUCCUUCGCCUUGAUGUGGGAAUAUUUAAACACGAUCACUUGUCAGAAUAGGAUAUUUCAUUUGAACUGAGUUGGAAUGACGGGCUGGGUUUCCUGAUGUGCGUACGGUGCUGUGAGUGGCAUUGCGGCGCCCCACCUCUGGAGUGGUCUGUCGCUGCCAUCCGGACCUCGUGAUUCCCUCUUCCCUCCCUUCCCCUCCUCUCCUCCUUUCCCCCUGUCCCUCCAUCCCUAUCCCCCCCUCCCUCCCCCUUUUCCCCCUCCCCCGCGGCGCUGUGCUUGAAGUCAUGAGCAUAGCAAUCGCACUGGGAGUCACCACACCUGAGACACCAUACACAGACAUGGCCGCCGGAUCAGAUCCUGAGUCAGUGGAAGCGAGCCCUGCAGUGAAUGAGAAGACAUACUCUAACCACAGCUGUGGGAGCGCACAGAAUCAUGGCUACCGCGGCCUACCUUAUGCUAUGCAACAGUCUUCCGUUGUGUGUUGUCAGGAUCAUAACUAUGGAGCGCCGCCCCCUCCUACCCCUCCUGCCUCCCCGCUCUCUCAGACCAUCAUUCCUCGCCUGGAACUUAACGGUGCCCUGGGCCGUCCCCGACCGCGUUUUCAUGACAAUGACCCUGACAACUCAGCCGACAGCGAGAGCUCAUCUGAGGAGGAAGAGGGUGCCGUUCCGGCAGGCUGGUGCCAGUGCCGCCUCAUGUCGGACGGCUACCUCAUCAAAUGUGAGAGCUGCAGGGGUCUGGAUAGGAGGAAAGGGCUGGAUGGACAGCGUCGGAAAGCAGACAAUGUGUCAGGAGAGAGCAGCGCUACAGAAAGUGGAGAUGAGGAGGUGUCUGCUGCCACAGUGUCAUACACAGCCACUCAGCACACACCCACCAGCAUCACCCUCACCGUCAACCGAGUCAAACGCAGCAAAGCCAAAAAGAGGAAGAAGAGCACUGAGAAAUCACGAGCUACCCCUAAAGCAAAAAAGGUCAAGGCCUUUAGAGAAGGUUCCAGAAAAUCCUUGAGAAUGAAGAACUCAACGAGCGAGGCAAAUGUGUUGGAUGAGAACACAGCUGAGGGCUGGGAAACGCGUAUCCGUCAGUGGACUGACCAGUACGAGGAGGCCCUGGCCAAUCAGUACAGCGCUGAUGUUCAAAUGCUCCUUCAACUCCACCACUCUGCUAACAAGAACUCGCAGAGCCCAUCAGCACUCACCAUGGACACCAUAAAUCGCACAGAGCUGGCCUGCAACAACACCGUGCUCAGCUCUCAGAUGCAGUUACAGUUGGGUCGUGUAACGCGUGUCCAAAAACACCGGAAGAUCCUGCGAGCAGCGCGUGACUUGGAGUUUGACACGCUUAUCAUUGAGUACAGAGGCAAAGUCAUGCUUAAACAGCAGUUCGAAGUCAAUGGUCACUUCUUCAAAAAGCCGUACCCAUUUGUGCUGUUCUACUCGAAGUUUAAUGAGACAGAGAUGUGUGUGGAUGCUCGGACAUUUGGAAAUGAUGCUCGCUUCAUCAGGAGAUCCUGUACGCCCAAUGCUGAGGUACGACACAUGAUUGCAGAGGGUAUGAUUCAUUUGUGUAUCUAUGCCGUAACACGGAUUUCAAAAGACUCUGAGGUUACAAUCGGCUUUGACUACGAGUUUAACAGCUGUAACUAUAAGGUGGACUGUGCAUGUCAUAAAGGCAAUCAGAACUGCCCGGUGCAGAAACAUAACCAGAGCCCAUCAGAGUCUAUGCUGCCUCCAACACAGCACCCACUGCCUACCAUGCCAGGGGCAGAGACUCGCAGAAGGCGAGCACGACGGCGAGAAUUAGAAGGGAGUGGAGGCUUUGGAGGCGUGUCUGACGAUAGCAACCACCUACUUGAUGAACAUGGGGAGGCACAAGGAGCUAGUGAUACAGAGGAGGGUCUGAUUGAUGGAAUGAAGCAAGAGGAUGGACAAGAGGAGGUAGAUGAGAAUGGAGCCCUUAUAUCAAGUAGACGGUCAAGAGAGGACCGGAAAGCUGAGGCCAUCAUGCAUGUCUUUGAGAAUUUGGAGAGGAGGCGGAAGCGUGUUUCUCAGGGCAUGGAGCGGGUUGGGUCAGAUGACACCAAACUGGAAGGAUUGGACCCGGAGGACGGUGGGUCUUCAUCUCCCAUAGUGGCCAACCCUGUUCUAAACAUGGGAGUUUGCACACGGCGGACGUCUUUUGCUCAUGACCCAGCAUCAGCAGAGUCAGAAAAGGCCCCUUCUACCCCUCUUGCUGCCCCAAAACCUCCCCCAGCUCGUUCCUCAAAACCGCGGCCCAAGAGCCGCAUUUCCCGCUAUCGUUCAGGUUCAGCCCAGCGGGCACGGAGGCAGCGGCAGGCUCUGCUGGCUCAGCAGGCAGCAGAGGCAGGGGCAGCUGGAGGAGAUGAGGGUGGUAGCGCGGCUGGCCCAGGGGAGCUGGGGCUUGGGGACGGGGCUUUAGGUCCUGGGCAACUGCUGGAUGGAGAUGGCUGUGGACUAGCUUCUGCUGGACUUGGCAACAAGGCCGGUGUCAGAUACCCCAAAACAAAAAAGUACCUAGUGACUGAGUGGUUGAAUGAUAAGCCGCCAGAGCGUGUCGAGGAACCUGUAGAACGGCCACUGCGCAUCACAACUGACCCCACCGUGCUGGCCACCACGCUCAAUAUGCUGCCAGGCCUCUCGCACUCCCCUCUCAUCUGCACCGCCCCCAAACACUACAUCCGCUUUGGCUCACCCUUUAACCCAGAGAGACGACGCCGGCCACUCACUGUUGACCCUGCAUAUGGCUCCUGCAAGAAGAGGUGGAUAAAGCAGGCGCAGGAUGAGAGCAUGUCGUCUCUUUCCAUGGAGGAUGGAACAGAGUCCAAUUCUUCACACCAAAGUAACAGCAGCAGCACCACCUCCCUUACCUCCAGACCUGAGCUGACUGCACCCUUUAAAAAGAGGAAGUCGAAGUAUGCCCCAGAGACGGUGGCCCCGCCUUCUGAACUUUUGCUGCGACCUUUGUCUCCCAUCACACCGCCACUCCCUUCAGAUCCCUCAGUCAGCUCCCUGCACCCACUCCUCACCUCCUGCUCGCUGUAUUUAGGGGCUGAGGAGGAGAGGCAGAAUGGCGCUAUGCUCCCUUACUCCCCACUCCCCUCUCUCCCCGCCAGCCGCUGCAAUACACCUCUGCAGUUUGAGAACAUCUCAUCUCCCGAGACGUCUCCUGUACACAGAUCAGAGUCUCUUUCACCAGAGCCCUGUUUGCGGCCAGACUUUGAUACGCCACGGAUCGCUACGUUUCCUGACCUUUCAAUGACCUCCAGCCUAGGCAGUCCCACACCUGUGUCUGAAGACUUUCCUCUGGUUCUCUCAGACUCUUUGUGUGUGUCUGGAGGUGUAAACUCCCUCACUCCAGGCCCGAUUUCCAACACCAGUGAUGCUUCCUUGGGUUCACGUUCGAAUGAGGCUCAGGCCCGAGAGCAGGUCUUUAGGACAGAGUUUAACCUCAUCUACACCUGCUCUCCCCUCAACGCCAACCUGUCCACUGGCCCUGUCACUGACCGGCGCCACUCACAGUCAGAGGGCAGCUUUUCUCCUGCUGAGUCCUACUUCAGUGCUGUGAGUGGCCAGGCUCUGCACGCAGAGACCGGCUCGGGUUCUCUCUCGCCCUUCCCAGAGCCUUACUUCGGGGGCAGCUACCCAGAAAGUGGAACACCACCUCAUACCAGCAACCCACCACAGAAGAAAAAGAGGGCCAUUGGAAGUGGCGUUAGUCAGCUGUCAGGCUUGCCUGGUUACCAGGCACUAACUGUAAGGGGCGAAUUCAAGCCAGGGCAGAAUAUGGUCUCUUUACUGGAGUACAGAAAGAGGAAGCAGGGGACACGGGACCACGACCCUGGAGGCAUAAUGGGUACCCCCACUCGUCCUAGCUCUCUCUGCACCAGUGCAGAAUCCCCAUGUGGGCCUCGCUCACUCCUGCAGCCCAUUGCCUCCCCACACAGUUCCUUCUCCUCUCCCGCCCACCAGGCCUUCCCACAGAUAGAGGAGGUUAGUCCUCCGGACCUCAGCUCCAGCAUGGCAAACCACUCUCAACACCCCGGCCCCCGCGCUCCAGAAUCCAGCCAGUGGAUGGUGCCAACAUCUGUAGAGAGAUUAAGAGAGGGGCAGGGAGUUUUAGAGCGUGUUUUGAGAGGCAACAUGAAAAUGGAUCGAGUUCUUAAAAGGCCUGAGGGUGGUGUGAGUGAGCACAGCAGUGGCAGAGACAAGGAUACAGAUGGAGUGGAAGGGGAUAGGUAUGAUUUCCAGAGUUCAUCUUUGGCUUCCCCCCUGAGGAGUCCCCAGAGGUACAGCCCGUCUGUCCAUCCGCAUCAGGUGCCGCCUCAAUUGUCGGAAUCCCAUCAACAUCUAGAAAGCCCCGCCUACCACCAGCAGAGCUCCUCCUCUUCUCCCUUCUGUCCUGCCUUCAGCACCUCCUCUUCACCCUCCUCUUCCUCAGUAGUUCAGGGCUACCAUCAGUCACGACUGGGCACGCCCACUUCUCUACCCCAGGAUGCACUCUCCUCAUCAGCUCCCUCUUCUUCUUCAGUAGACUCCAGACAGACAGCCCUGCACCACCACAGCAGCAGUGGAGGAAGUGCGAUGGACGUGGCGCAUCUUUACCCUGGCAGCCAUCUCAAAGCCAGCCUGUUGAACAGCACUCUGUCAGGGUCUGUUAGCCUGUCCUCCAGAGGCCAGGGGCACCCCAAAACAGACAGCAGCGCUGCCCUUUGCAGCCAGCCUUCACAUGGAUCCAGACUAGCCCAGCCUGCGACAGUGCGAAGCCUAAAACCAGGCAGCCCGGGGCAGGCAGUGCUGCAGGCCAGCUCCAGGCUUCUCUCGGCCUCUGGCACGCAGCAUUACCCGCAGCGACAUUUACAGCAGCCCCCUAUGCAGGGAUCAGGGGUACGGACACAAUCCGGGACCUACUAGGACCCUAAGCAUGUUUGUGUGAGUGUGUGAAUGGGUAAGACUGUGUUUGUGUGUGUGUGUCUGUCACCAUCCCCACCUCCAAACCUGUGGAAGACUCUGGGUUAGGGCAAGGGAUUUGAUGUACAGACCUGAGGAGGACGGACUCCACCUCUUAUAACGAUCAUUUUCUAUUCUUACUUUCUCUUUUCCUUUUUUUUCUGUUUUCUUUUUUCUCUUUCACCAAAAAAACUGCAUUUCUGCAUUGUUCAUGUAGUCUAAUGUGGACGUCACUAUGAUCUUGGAAUCAGUGGAAAUUAAACAGCACCUAGAAAUCUGUGAGGAAUCCAGAUUAAAAUCAUGUAAUUUUAAAAUUGAUCCAGGUUCUUUUAAGACAUGUAAAGUUGAAAAAAAUGUGUAGAUUGAUUCAGACACCUGAACGCUGAAGUAAUUCUAAAAAAAAAGCCCGGCUAAUGAUUUACAACCAAAUUGUAUCCUCUUAGAUCAGCUAGAGCUUUUGGUGCUUUUCAGUUUGCUCUUUCAGUCCGAUCUGUCCACUGGACUAUCCACAGAUUUUUUUUUUUUUUAAUUAUUAAUAUUAUUAUUAUUUUUUUUCCCCCUUUUAAGAGAAGAGUUCGUUAGUUUCAUCCGUUAGAGCUUUUUUGGAAAAAUCCAUUUACUCAGCGCCCGUUCCUCUUAAUCAUUCCAUUCAAAUAAAGUCAGUCAACUUGUCAAUCGCUAGUUUUCUAGGAGACACAAGUGGGUCAGAUUGGCCCUUUGCAGUUUUCGUUUGUAGUCUCUUUAAAUAAAUCUUCUGGUUUUUGUUUAGUUUUUGUUGGUGGUCUCUCCACAUCUGUAGACUCACUCUGUAAUACUUGACAACCACAGAUCUUAUGGUGCUGCAGUUAGCUCAGUUUUUUGUUUGAACUGAUUUUAGGGUUGUUUGAAACCCGGUGUCAUGUUUUCCCACUAUCAGCCUGUUCUAAGAUAUGGUUGUCAUAUGGGACUGGUUUUAUUUUCAUUUUGUUUGAAAUGGGGUUAUAGUAAUUGUUGUGAAAACCUUGGUGACUAGGAAUGCACAGGACUGUUUUGAAACGUAAGCUGCAGAAAUAUUGUUUUUACUCCGUUAUAGGAUUUGUUCCCCAAACAGUUUUUGAAUCCUGCAGGAUUUUUUUAUUUUGAUAUUGUUGAGAAUUUAUUUUUCUCUCCCUUUGACCAAUCCUUGCAUUCCGCACGCCACUGAAGGGAAGGCGAGAGGAAACGUGGCUGAAUGGUUUGAUUAGGAGAAAAAACAAAAUCGAAAAGAUAGCUGCUGGGGUCUCAUACUAAGUAUUUUUUAAUGCAAAGUGCUGCUUUCAGAAGUGUCUGUUUUCUGACAGAAUGCUGUACUUUUGUCUGUUGUCCGAUAUUCGUCACACAGUGAUGUCACAAAGUUGUGCCAUGGUGACCAGCGGAGUGGACCUGAAUAUCACACGAAAAUGUAACAGAAAUGUCUGUUGCAUUUUGGGAACUGUAGUAUUUGUCUUGGUUGUCUGUUGGGUGGACCUGAGACGGACUAAAUCUGCAGUUUCCUGGAAAUAAACAAAAAGGGUUUUUGUUUGUUUAUAUAUAUUUUUUCUUCUUUGGUCACAGGACCUUGCAGAGAUGGGGGUGCAGGCAGGUUCAUUUUAUCACCUUCUAGGACACAUUUUGACCUUUUUCUGUCAAAGAGUUCCCCUUCGCCAUUUAUGAAAAGACACGAGGGUACUCACUGAUUAACAUGAAUGUUUGUCUUUCACAGAAGACUUCAGAGGAAAAAAAAACUACAUGACCCGAAAUUUACCAGCACCUUAAUUACAGAAGAAAAAAUGUUAACAACCAAGAAAAUUCAUUUAUGUAUGAUCAUGUGUACUUGCAUAAAAAAAUGUGUUAUAUACUGUUCCAAAAAAUAUAUAGUACACUAAAUUUGCCGCAUGAUAUUUCCUUUUUGGGUUUGUGUUAACAGUUGAAAGUGUGCAGUUGGUUCUGGGAUUAAAGGUUUAUUCUUCAUUUCCAGGUCUCCAGGGGGGGAAACUGGACACUUUAAAAGAAAAAAGUUUAAAAUAUUAUCUCUGUUUUGUUGUAUUUUAUUUUUUACACAAAGCAGUUUGGACCCCUCCUCCUCUUCUAAAAGACAGAAAGCGGAAAGAUGUAAUGCAUUUUGAUAAUAAAAUACUCAUGACAAUGUA